ACGGGCUCGGGGAAGACCACCCAGAUCCCUCAGUACCUCUACGAAGCAGGAAUCGGCCGCCAAGGCACCAUCGCUGUGACCCAGCCUCGGCGAGUAGCAGCGAUAGCCUUAGCUACCAGAGUCUCGGAUGAGAAGAAGACAGAGCUGGGGGGACUGGUCGGCUACAGUGUCCGCUUCGACGACCUAACGUCUGAUGAAACCAGAAUCAAGUUUUUGACAGAUGGAAUGCUGCUUCGGGAAGCGAUUGGAGACCCCCUGCUGCGGAGGUACAGCGUUGUCAUCCUGGAUGAAGCCCACGAGAGGACGAUCCACACCGACGUACUCUUCGGAGUGGUGAAAGCUGCACAGAAGAAACGAAAGCAACUGGGCAAGCUGCCACUAAAAGUGAUCGUCAUGUCAGCGACGAUGGAUGUUGACCUGUUCUCCGAGUACUUCAAUGGAGCUCCUGUUCUCUAUUUAGAAGGCAGGCAGCAUCCCAUUCAGGUCUUUUACACCAGACAGCCUCAGAGUGAUUACCUGCAAGCAGCACUGGUGACAGUCUUCCAGAUCCACCAGGAAGCACCCUCUUCUCAGGACAUCCUGGUCUUUCUGACUGGUCAGGAAGAAAUCGAAGCAAUGACCAAAACCUGCCGAGACAUCGCCAAGCACCUCCCUGACGGCUGCCCACAGAUGAUGGUGAUACCUCUUUAUGCUUCUCUGCCUUACUCUCAACAACAUCGCAUCUUUCGGGCUGCCCCCAAGGACUGUCGCAAAGUGAUCCUGUCCACCAACAUCGCAGAAACCUCCAUCACCAUUCCAGGAAUAAAAUACGUUGUGGACACAGGCAUGGUCAAAGCAAAGAAGUACAGACCUGAAACUGGUCUGGAAGUGUUGGCAGUCCAGUGGGUGUCGAAGGCCCAGGCUUGGCAACGCACAGGGAGAGCAGGGCGAGAGGACAGUGGGAUCUGUUACCGGCUCUACACAGAGAAUGACUUUGAGAAGCUGAACCAGAUGACAAUACCCGAGAUACAGAGGUGUAACCUGUCCAGUGUGAUGCUUCAGCUCCUGGCCCUGAGAAUUCCCAAUGUGCUCACCUUUGACUUCAUGUCCAAACCAUCUCCUGAGGCUAUUCAGGCAGCAAUCGAGCAGCUGGUCCUGAUGGGAGCUGUGGAACGAAAGGACAAUCAGCUUGUCCUCACCCCCCUGGGCAGGAAGAUGGCAGCUUUUCCACUGGAACCAAAGUUCUCUAAGACCAUCCUACUGUCCCCCAAGUUCCACUGUACAGAGGAGAUCCUGACCAUCGUGUCGCUGUUAUCCGUGGACAGUGUCCUCUACAAUCCCCCUGCCCGGCGGGAUGAGGUGCAAUCCGUCAGGAGGAAAUUCAUCUCCAGCGAGGGGGAUCAUCUGACCCUGCUCAGCAUUUACAGGGCCUUCAGGAAUGUCAAUGGCAACAAGGGAUGGUGCAGAGAGAACUUCAUCAACAGCAGGAACAUGAUGCUUGUGUCAGACGUCAGAGCUCAGCUCAGAGACAUUUGUGUAAAGCUCUCGAUGCCGAUUGAGUCCUCCCGCUCGGACACGGGGAACAUCCGCCGCUGCCUGGCCCACAGCUUCUUCAUGAACGCCGCGGAGCUGCAGCCCGACGGCUCCUACCGCACCGUGGAUUCCCACCAGGCGGUGGCCAUCCACCCCUCCUCCGUGCUCUUCCACUGCAAGCCCGCCUGCGUGGUGUACAACGGGCUGCUCCACACCAACAAGUGCUACAUGCGGGACCUGUGCGUGGUGGACGCCGACUGGCUCUACGAUGCGGCGCCCGACUACUUCCGCAGGAGGCUCCAGGCGGCCAAGAACUGA